AUGCGCGGCCUCAUGCUGGGCCCGGGCGGCGGUAGACGACGACCAAGGAGCGCGAUCGUCGACUUCGCGGCGUGGGUCGCGGUCGCGGUGCUCGGAUGGAUGCUGAUAACGCGCGGUGCCAGCCCGGGCCGUAAGGAGGCUCGAGAGUCUCUGGUCCGCCUUCGGGACGCCGCCUCCGCUGACCUCCAAGCGCAAGAAGCCCAGCUUUCGGUGUCUGCGGACCUCGGCAACCAGCCUGGCGCACACAACACUCAAGCGCAGAGCGCCCCCGACGAGCCCGCGUCUGCCGGCCGUGACAGCGCGGACCCGCAAGAGACAGCCGCACCACGUCAGGGGCAAAAGGAGACCAGCGCGAGGGGCGGUGCCAGCUCGGACAAGCAGGCAGUGGCGGAAACGGCGGUGUGUGUCGCGGGGACGCUCCGGACGCUGGCGUUCCGCGGCGUGUACAAGGACAUCAUCCGCACGCUGAUCGAGCCGCUCAAGGCGGACGUCUUCAUGGACCUGGAGCUCGACCUGCAGGCCUUCGGGCGGUCGGAGGAACUGCAAAUGAAGGACCUGGACGUGGUGCUGGGCGCCCUGCCCGAGGCGCCCAAGGGGAUGCGCGUGGACAGAGAGUCGCGGUGGCAGCGGGGCGCGUGCACGCACGAGGGCAUGGUGUUGCCUCCCGCACAGAACCACGAGCCCCACAACUGCGAGUGGAAGGACUUGAUCGAUGGGAAGACGAUGCGCGGACACGACCGCGGAGCGCAGUACUGGCGCGUCCGGGCGUGUUUCGAGCUGAUCGACGCGUACGAGCGGAAGGCGGGGGGGCGUUACAAGUACAUCGUCAGGCAGCGCACCGACGUGCGCACGGUGGGGUUCCCGAGCCUGGUCGAGAUGCGCGCGCAGCUGCAGAGGGCGAUGAAUGCGCAGGGCAAGCAGGAGGCGUGCCUCGUGCCGUUCGUCAACGUCCCGCACGGCACCAUCAAAGACCAAUUCGCCGUGUGCACCAGGGGCGGCGGGGAGCACUACAUGCGCGUGGGGGACGACCUCAUGGACAGCACGAACUGGACGGAGCUCGCGUGCCCGGCGGAUCCGUGGGACCAGUACGCAUGCGAGUGCACGCUGGGCGAGAAGCUGCGGCGCGCCAACGUGGCGCUCGCGGACCUGCAGGAUUACAACGAGGAGUGGACGCGCAUCUGCGGAGAGGGCUUCGCGCCGCCGCCGUGCAGCGCGAACAACGACUUCAUCGUCGACACCGCGCGACAGCACGGCGUGACGCUGGAGCGCGGGCGGUAG